GGUGCGGACCUUAGUUUUAUCUAGAUAACAUUUAACCCGUUUAGCGUUAAAUGCUUAGUAUUUUAUUAUGAUCAGUAUUUGAGCUAAAUCGAAUACCUCUGAACAACUUGGCACAUUUCAAUGAUCUGACCAUGAGACGGAGCCCGACGAGACCCCGGAUUCUCAAAAGAAGAAAACUGCCUUUUCAUCAAAAUGCGACGGAUUCACAGCCUGGAGAAUCAGGCUCCAAAGAACCGUCAAUACCAGCUGCUGUUCAGAGCUUUCCUGGUGGUAUCCGCAUCAUGGACCAUCCAUCCAAGUCUGAUACUCAGGUGGUUGUCAGUCCCGAAAAAGUAGAAGCUCAAAGCGUUAUUGGGGACCUCACAGCUAAAGGCAAUGAGUGUGGUGCCCAGGGCCCAAACAAGUUCAUUCUUCUGAGUGGGAGUGGCAACAAGUGGGACUAUGGAGCUGAUCCUCAGUCUGCUGCUGAAGCGGCUGCUACAAGGAGUACAGAAGGACAUAAAGUCAAAGCUGAAACUACACGCAGUUUCCCAGGUGACAAACUUCUAACUGAAAUUAAACCAUUGAAUAAGGAUGUAAACUGCGGUCCCUUUGACGACAGCCUUACCGACCUUAAGUGGUUGGGUAGGAUGAGCACAUGUGCCUUGGAGCCAAACUCUACAAAGCAGCUCAGCAGCAAGGAGAACCAGAACUCUUUACAGACUUUUGAGGCACACAAUACACAUACCAGUGCAGAAGCUCCUCAGCAACCCAUUUCAGAGAGGCCACCGUACUCCUACAUGGUCAUGAUCCAGUUUGCUAUCAAUAGCAGAAAGAACAGGAGGAUGACCCUCAAAGAGAUUUGCAUGUGGAUUGAGGACAACUUCCCUUACUAUAGAGAUGUGGCCAAACCAGGCUGGAAGAAUUCCAUCCGCCAUAACCUCUCUGUGCAUGACCUGUUCAUUCGUGAAACGUCUCCAGAUGGUAAAAAGUCUUUCUGGACUAUCCGACCUGAAGCCAAUCGAUGCCUCACACUUGAUCAUGUGUACAAGCCGGGCUGUGAUCCAGUGACUGCCACUGUUCCUGUGCCAAUGCUUUUACUGGCUAAUCAACACCAAAAGAGGACACUUCCAGAUGCAAGAAAAACACCAACUAGCUCUGAGAGAAAGAUGAAACCUCUUCUGCCUCGAACCGAUUCAUACUUGGUGCCCAUACAGCUCCCCGUCACUCCUUCUGUCUACCUGCCAUCCACUUCUACCCCUUUUCCUCCGCCCUGCUCCCAGCAGAAGGGGAACAAUUCACGAGGAACAAAGAGAGUCCGCAUAGCACCGAAGGUGACACAAAGUGAUUCCCCAGCUGUGAUGAUAUCUCCUCAGAAGAAUACGGACUUUAAGGUAGAAGUGAAGGAGGAGCUGGUAUGUGUUCCAAUUAAAUGCGAGACCCCCAAAGCUCCUCCAAAGAGACAAGCCAGCAGCUCACGGCGCAAACAGCGUUUGGUUCUCUCUGUGAAUGAAGAGCCUGUUCUCCUCUGCCACGAAAGUAAUUUCUUUGACUCUGGCGUAGCCUCCGAUGCUUUGACAUUCCAGGACAAUCCACAUAUUGAGCUGGAUGAAGACAAGCAUGGGCAGGAAAGCCCAGAUAGGGAGUUCUCAUUCAAAACCCAGAUAAAAAGUAGAAGCCAUUUGACCUCAUCCACCCCCAGCAAGCCACCUUCUUAUGUUGCAUCUUUUAAAGUGACCCCGGUGGGCAAAGGAAGUCAAAAUAUUCUGGACUUCAGCCCUAGUCAUACACCAGGUGGUCCCACAGAUACUCCACAACACGACUACACCACCUUCAGCUUCGGCAGCACUCCCUUUAAAGACUUGCCUCUGUUUAACUCCCCAAGAGAGCUGCUCACAUCUGCUCCCUCCAGAGUGACCGGACCAGCAGAGUCGCCCACCGAAUGCCUCAAAAGUAGCUGCUCCAGAGAGCUUCUGCAGGGAGGCAGUUCCACAACAGCCAAUCGGUCAAUCACAGAGGGCCUCGUCUCGGAUACCAUGAACGACAGCCUGAGCGAUUUAUUGGUGGAUAUUAGCUUCUCUGGUCUGGAUGAUGACGACCUUGGUAUGGCGAACAUCAGCUGGUCUGAGUUCAUCCCUCAGUUGAAAUAGCCAGAGGGCCGAAACACAUUCUAUGGCUAAGCAGUGUCACCUGUUUCUUUUUCCUUUUUUUUCUUUGUGUAAACACUACAUGAUUAGGCCCACACCAAAGCAGCAAGACAGAAACAAAUUUAGAUCUGACACUAUUUAAACCAUCCGAACUGUCCAUAUUGAAGAGGAUUUCUCUCAACAGAAGGCGAGGCUGUUGAUGUAGGAAGAAAUAUCACGCUCCUAGUGCUCUAGAAAUUUACUCUGGUUGUCUGUUUUACCCAACUAUUCAGAAGCAUAUCUAUCAUUAUACCAAAACAAGUUCAAAUAAGGCCCACUUGAUACUAUCAUUUUAAAUUUCUUAUUGGAGACUUAUUCAGACCUCCUAUUUGCAGUAGUUUAGGAGCUUUUAGCUUCAAAUUUCUUUUACAUCUGCUUUGCUGCUGGAGGGUUCUGGCUACCACAUGAGGGGGAAAUGUAACAUAGUUAAAUAGAUUGCAGGGAUGCUCCAGUUUCAAUUACCGUUUGAUGUUUUUUCCUGUUCA